AUGGCAGAAGGAAAUCAGAGUGGGCCGAAGAGAGACCUGAAGGAAGGUGAAAUCAAUGAGUAUGGUCUCCCUCAUAACCCCAGAGCCCACGGCUAUAUCGGACAGGGAUUCCCAGCACCUGGGCUGCGACGCACCGUCCGCCACAUCACUGGUCACGAUGCGGAUGGCAAAGCCACCUUUUUGACCACGGACUGCGGCGAUCAUCAUCUGAUCAUGGGCGAGCAGCAAGCGCUUGCCAACAUUUUGUACUCAACCCAUGAGACACCAGUCAACAUCAAUGACGACGUGGAUGUUAUUCACGCAAAGGAGAACCAGCCGCCUCUUCACUACCAGAAUGGUACAGUGUUGCGUAUGAUUGAUUUCGCUCCCAACGAGAUCUCACCCAUGCACCGUGCUCUGUCCAUCGACUAUGGAGUAGUUUUAGAAGGCGAGUUCGAGCUCAUCCUUGAUUCUGGCGAGAAACGCAUUAUGCGCCAGGGAGAUGUCAGUAUUCAGCGAGCUACUGGCCAUCAGUGGCGUAACCUGACCGGAAAUGGCACACUUCCUGGGCGCAUGAUGUGGUUCCUGCUCGGGGUUCAAGACGUUGUUGUUAAAGGGAAAAGGCUUGAGGGAUAUCUUGGUCCAUUAGGAGUAUACUAUGAGGGAAAGACAGAAGAAGAAGUACGUGUUGACCGGCAGGGGACAGAUCAAGCGGCAUGA